UGAAGUACUCUGGGUACCUGGAACACAGGGACAAGCCGUUCUGCACAAACUGCUACAGCAAGUUUCCUGGGCUGAUGAAACUUGGAAAAGACAUUACACUGAGGGGUCUGGUAAUUGGCCUGCUGACGAUGAAGAAGGGAGAGGGAGCAAAGUUUGUCUUCACGCCAGAUUACGCCUAUGGGCGGCAGGGCUGUCCUCCUCUCAUUCCCCCGAAUGCCACAGUCAUGUUCGAGGUGGAGGUGCUGGACUUCCUGGACACAGAUGAAUCUGACAACUUCUUUGAGUUGACUCCUGAGCAGCAGGAUACAUUUCCACUAGAAAAGGUGUUGAAAGUGGCAGACACGGAGAGACAGUUUGGCAACUACCUCUACCGUAAGCGGUGCUUCGAGAGUGCCAGAGACAGAUACAAAAGGGUGUUCUCCAUCCUCCGUCGCAGUCCUUCCACUGAGGAAGAGCAGCAUCAGAUCAAUGCUUCCAAGUUGCUGGUGCUCCUGAAUCUCUCCCUUACUUACCUGAAGCUGGAACAUCCUGCCCAAGCUCUGGCAUAUGGGGAGAAGGCCUUGGAGAUUGACCAAAGAAAUGCCAAAGCGCUGUUCAGGUGUGGCCAGGCUUGUCUCCACAUGACAGAAUACAAAAAAUCCCGGGAUUUCCUGGUCCGAGCUCAGCACAUCCAGCCAUUUAACCACGAUAUUAACAAUGAGCUGAAGAAGUUGGCAAGCUGCUACAAGGACUACAUCAAAAAGGAGAAAGAAAUGUGCUCCCGAAUGUUUGCCUCUCUCAAGGCUUCUGACUGA